AAAACAGUGUUGGCAAACAUAGUUAUUGCCGGCUAAAUGUUUUGGUUUUGCCAAACUUGAGAAAAACAUAGAAACACAGUUAAAAAUAAUAAAUAAUAAACAAUAAGAAAUAGAAAUAUGGCUAACAGCGAGGAAAAUGAGUUGUACAUGGUCAAGGAGGCGCAAAGUCUUCGAAAAACCGACCCAUGUGCGGCGAUGGCUUGGAUAAUCACUGCGAAAACAAUGUAUCCAAAUUCGUUUAACUUGCAGUAUGAAGCCUACCUAUUGGAACGCGAUGGUAAAAACUAUGAAGAGGCUGCGAAGUGUUUCAGCGUCAUAGCCACCAAUUUCCCCAAUCAACAUACAGAACUGUGGCAGGAGAUCAAUGCCCUAACGAAUGCACUGAGAAAUGAAAAUGAAAACACUCCGGAACAGGAGUUCUAUGUGAAAAUGUACAAACAUCUAACACCCGAAGUGCAGCACAAUAUAUUCAUGCACACGAUCAAUCACAGUGGCGAUAACCUGGAGCAGUGCGUCUACAUCUACAUACUGAUGUUCAACAAGUUUCCCAAGUCGGCCAUUACUCAAGCGCCCAGGUUACUGGAAAUGCUUGCCGAGGGCAUGAAAACGGAUCCGGAUCUUUACCAGAGAAUCCUAGUGGAGGAGGUGCUGCCCAUGAUCCAAAAUAAGCCCCCGGAACUAUCGCCAAAUCUUGCCUGCAGGCUAUACACCAGUUCCCUGGAGUUUUAUCUUCGCCAGAUCAUGGAUGAAUCGGAUACGGCGGAUGCCUGGAAGAAUAUCUUUAAGGUCCUGAUGAUCUGUGGACAGAUGAUGGGCUGGGAACCGUUUUUACCCUUCAGUAAGAAUGUAAACCAGAAUGUCUACUGGGAAAAGUUAGUGGACAUACUUUCUGGCAGUCCUGCGGGCAGUUCCCAGGUUUUAUUCUAUGCCACCACCUUGUUUAUUUACUCCCUGCACGGUUAUAUACGGAAUUGCAAACUGAGAAUCGAAGAUGCGGAAGUAAGCCACGUUUUGGUGGAGGGAUUCAUGGAGUGGUCGCCGGAGGGAGAUGGCUCUGAAGUGCCCAGCAUGGAGCCUCCAAAAUUCUCUCUCACCACCGCCAUAAGUCCGGAAUUAUCAAAGGCCUUUUUGCACGCCGCCCAAUGCUGGCAGUUGCUCAAUACGGAUCAGUUUCAAAGGGAUUUCAGUCAACUAAUGCUGGCUCUUCCUUUGGCGCCUUGGAUCUCCCGGUUCCUCUUCGAUUUGGCCAUAUAUUUCGGGCACCGUGAUGAGGCCAACAAGCUCAUGGCCGACAUGACCACCCAGAGCAGCCUGGUGCAGAGUCUUCAGAUUCUCAGCCUUAAUCUGAUGCAGGGCAGCAUGACUCUCCAGGGCUUCCAGUGCAUCCUGAAGAUCAUCUCCGAACUGCCUGCUACUCAGGGUCAACUUCUAGAGAACAUGUCGCUCAAAGGUCAUCGUCAUAUGGUUUUCCUGCCCCUCACUCGAUCCGCUUUGGUUCAGUAUUGCGUAGGUGCUAUUAUCAGCAGACUGAGCCGAAAGGUUUACGAACCCAACUGCCCAGAUCGAUUGCUCGGGGAUCUACUAGUGUUGCAGCAACUGAAUCUCCUAAAUGAUGUGCUGCUCACCCAACAAAUUUUCAGCUUGAUUAAGCAACGCAAAUCGUUCAAUUUGCGCACCUUAUCGACCUAUAUAAUUGCCAUCGACUUGAUUGAGGAACUCUCGCACAUUUGGAACACCCAGCUGGAGGAUAAUUUCGAGUUGACCAGCUCACCCAUUUCCAGUGGCACACCAACCGCAGCAAGUGGAGCUGUAGGUUCCCAAAACCGAAGAAUUGGAACGCGCGGAGCGGAUAAAGGAGCCAGGGAUGAAUUUAAGGCGAUUACUCGCCAGCAGAUUGCGCGCUGCAAUGAGAAUGUGAUCACGUUGCUGGCGAAUUUCAUCAGUCAGGAGCAUUUAAUGCUGGCCCAGCAUAUCUUCGGGAUCAGCCAGCCCGUGGAGACGAUUGUGAUCAAGUGAGGGAGGGAGCCUCCUGAGAUGUUUAGCGAUUAGGGGGGUUUUUGUAUAAGCUAACAGCGCACAUUUGGGUCUUUAAGGAGAUAGAGCAUUGGACUUCUUAAACACAUUCUCUUAUUACAUUGAAUAAAGAUAGUUUUUCGUCUUAUAAUCAAAGAUAAAGUAUUUUAAAAAUAGGGAUAGCAAAUGUAAAUAUUUAAGAAGAUAAGGAAGUAAUCAAAAGAUAAUUUUAAUUUUCAGACGGUUAUUUAUUCACUAUAUUAAAAAUUAAGCCUACAACGACUAGACAUUUUUGUUCUUAUCAAUAUUUUACACAAAUAUUUGUUUCUGCAGCUGGUAAACGAGUUUGAGGGUACAUUUUGAUAUGUUUUCGUUUCAACUUCUUAAAAAUACAGUAAAUUUGUAUUUUGAAUUGGUAUUUAUAUAAUUAAAUGAAAUAAUUAUAUAUGAACACUU